AUGCAAUCAGAUAACGAUACCAAAAAGGUUGAACAAACGGUAGAAAUUGAACCAAUUGUUUCUACUACUCCUACUACUGGAACCAAACGUCACUUCAAAUAUGAUGCCGAAGAACGUGCUGCUAGACUUGCUGGAGGUGUCAAAUUGAAAGAUGCCCUUAUGAUUCUUUGUGCUGGUUUUGCCUUAAUUUCUGAUGGUUAUCAAAAUAAUGUUAUGUCUAUGUUAAACAAGGUUUUCGCUCUUGAACAUCCAACAGAAUAUACUGCUGUUAUGUCUACUCAAGUUUCUAAUGCUUCCCUUGUAGGUACCAUUUUUGGUCAAGUUGUUAUUGGGUUAACUUCUGAUUAUAUUGGUAGAAAAUGGUCCAUUGUCACUGCUACUUGUUUCUUAAUCUUUGGUACUAUUAUGUGUGCCGCUUCUCAUGGUGCUACUAUUAAUGGUAUGUUUUGGAUGUUGACUAUUUUCAGAGGUGUUACUGGUUUUGGUAUUGGUGCCGAAUAUCCAUCUUCAUCCGUCACUGCUUCUGAAGCAGCCAAUGAAUCUGUCAAGAAAAGAGGUGGUGCUUUCAUUUUGGCGACUAAUUUGCCAUUAUCUUUCGGUGGUCCAUUUGCUUUAAUUAUCUUUUUGGUUGUCAAUAGAAUUACCGGUAGCAACCAUCUUGAUGCAUUAUGGAGAACUAUGUUUGCCAUUGGUGCUUUCUGGCCACUUUCUGUUUUCUAUUUUAGAAUGAAAAUGGUUACUUCUGAAUUAUAUACCAAGUCUGCAAUUAAAGCUAGAGUUCCAUAUUGGUUAGCAAUCAAGUUUUAUUGGCGAAGAUUGAUUGGUACAAUGGUUGCUUGGUUCCUUUAUGAUUUUGUUACUUUCCCUAAUGGUAUUUUCUCAGCUGGUAUCAUUUCUAAUGUAAUUAAGGAUCCUACCGAUUUAGAAACAAUUGCCGAAUGGAAUUUGUUAUUAGGUGUAAUUGCUUUACCAGGUGUCUUGAUCGGUGCUUACUUGAACGAUAUCAUUGGUAGAAAAUAUACCAUUAUGUUAGGGUUCUCAGGAUACAUCGUCUUUGGAUUGAUUGUCGGCUUAGCAUAUGACAAAGUCAAAAAUAUCACCGCAUUGUUCAUCGUUCUUUAUGGUUUAAUGAUGUCAUGUGGUAACUUAGGUCCAGGUGAUGGUAUGGGUUUGAUUUCAUCUGAAUCUUAUGCUACUCCAAUCAGAGGUACUGCUUAUGGUAUCAGUGCUGCAAUUGGUAAGGUUGGUGCUGUUGUUGGUACCAAGACCUUCACUCCUAUUCAACUUAAUUUAGGUCCUAGGUGGACUUUUAUCAUUGCUGCUAUUUGUGGUUUAGCUGGUGUUUUGGUUACGUUUAUCUUUGUCCCACAUUUGAAAGAAGAUGAUUUAAUGGAACAAGAUAUUUUGUUUAAGAACUAUUUGAUUGAUAAUGGUUGGGAAGGUAAGUUUGGUAUUAAAGAAUAUGAUGUUGAAGAAGAUUUGAUUUCUGAAGAAGAUGAUAAGGAAAUCAGUGAAGGUGAAGAAAUUCAACAACAAAAAUAG